CCAGUAGAUGGGAAAUUUCUUCCCGACCUACAGCAUCCAUGACAUCAUUGGCGCAGUCUUCAACACAACAGACUCUUGUGACCAAUCUCAUCUAUUUGCCGGUACACACGAAGUACAAGAAUGCCUUGAAUGUCAUUGUGAAGCAGAUCUACACACACAACUAGCAAGCUGUCUGAAGAACCCUGGUCACCUUGGGUUUGUGCCCAUCAAGGCAUUAACCACUGAUGCCCUACCGGCCAGUUCUCACCCAGAAGUCUAUGACCUAAUCAAAGCUCUUGGCGACAUUACGGUCAGAAUAGCCGUUCCGUUCACCAGUCUAGACAGACCAGAGUUUUUACCCGGCACUAAAGAUCCAUAUCCUAGCUACAACACCAGGGGACAGAACUCACUGAGAACAGGGACCGGAAGGGUGUGGCGUUUGAAUAAGUUCACAGAAGGAAUGGACGAUUAUAGAACUUGUCCAUGUCCUGAAUGUGAACAUUCAGAUACUCCCAGCAAAGAGUGGUGGAAUGUCGUAAUAGCGACGUCUACUCAUGUAGUUUUUGAUCCCAGCGAGGCGUUAAAAUGCAGGUGUAGAUUAUGGUUUGAUGAGGACACAAGUCCAGUGGUCAAUGUUUACGGGUGGGGUGAGGGUUUUUUUGACAUUGACAGUGACUGGUGUUUGGUGUUUUGCGCGACCCAUGACUUGUUCAUUGGGGACAAGAUGCAAAAAAUGGUGGAGCGGUUUGAUGGGCUGUGUGUUGACGUCAUGGACACAUGCAGGGGAGAUAAAGAUGUGGACAAGCUGACCAUUAUAGUCUCCCAUCCUCAUGGCUGUGCUAAGCAGGUGUCUAUAGGUCAUUGGGUAGACAGAAAUGACGAAGAUAGCAGGUGGACCAGGUACACGUACACAACGAGUACCUGUCCAGGUAGCAGUGGGGCUCUAGUCUACAGGUUGGGCUGUAACUGGUUGUCUAACCAUCGGCACUGUGGCUACAACUCGAAAGGGUUAAACUACAGUGGGGUUAAUGUAGACUGAGACACAAUUGUUGGUUAAACUACAGUGGGGGACUGAGACACAAUUGAGGGUUAAACUACAGUGGGGUUAACGUGG